UCCCUGUGGGAAGGCGCACGGGCGCGGUACUUGCCGGGAGCUGUAGUUCCUUGGGGCCUCGGGACGCAGAGUCCCGCACCUUUACUCAAGGGAGACAAAAACUACAACUCCCAGGGCCGCCCGGUGGCAGCAGGUGGGAGCGGGGCUGUUGAUAUCAAUAUGGCGGUUGUCAGCCAGACAAAGACAGUCAGUCUGAUGUGAUUGAGACAAGGGAGGUUUUUCAGGGGGAGACUGGGAGAUAGGGGCCUCCCCUCCCCCUUCUCCUCUUCCUGCGCCGGCCUCAACCCCUCCCCAGACCCCUCCCGACGGGCGCCCCACGCGGAAGACACCCCUCCCCCUCCCGCUUUCCCCUCCUCCCUACCUCAGACCUCAGCCCUUCGCACCGGGACGUUGGGGAGGGGGCUGUGCCGGGCGGAGAGAACUCAGCAAGCAUUCUGAGAAUGAUGAAUAACACUGAUCAUCUCUAGCAAGGACAUUGCUUCCCCUCAUGUAAAGCAUGCUCAGUUCCUUCCCAGUGGUUUUGCUGGAAACCAUGUCUCACUAUACAGAUGAACCCAGAUUUACCAUAGAGCAGAUAGAUCUGCUCCAGCGCCUCCGGCGUACUGGAAUGACUAAACAUGAAAUUCUCCAUGCCUUGGAAACUCUGGACCGCCUUGAUCAAGAACAUAGCGACAAGUUUGGAAGAAGGUCCAGCUAUGGAGGAAGUUCAUAUGGGAAUAGUACCAACAAUGUUCCAGCAUCUUCCUCUACAGCUACAGCUUCCACGCAGACCCAGCAUUCGGGCAUGUCCCCGUCACCUAGCAAUAGUUACGACACCUCCCCACAGCCUUGUACUACCAAUCAGAACGGGAGGGAGAAUAACGAGCGAUUAUCCACGUCCAAUGGGAAGAUGUCACCAACUCGCUACCAUGCCAACAGCAUGGGUCAGAGGUCAUACAGUUUUGAAGCCUCAGAAGAGGACCUAGAUGUAGAUGAUAAAGUGGAGGAAUUAAUGAGGAGGGACAGCAGUGUGAUUAAAGAGGAAAUCAAAGCCUUUCUUGCCAAUCGGAGGAUUUCCCAAGCAGUUGUUGCACAGGUAACAGGUAUCAGCCAGAGCCGGAUCUCUCACUGGUUAUUGCAGCAGGGGUCAGACCUGAGUGAACAGAAGAAAAGAGCAUUUUACCGAUGGUAUCAGCUUGAAAAGACAAACCCUGGGGCUACGCUAAGUAUGAGACCAGCACCUAUUCCAAUAGAGGACCCGGAGUGGAGACAAACGCCUCCCCCAGUCUCAGCCACGUCUGGCACCUUCCGACUACGGCGAGGCAGUCGAUUUACCUGGAGAAAGGAGUGUCUGGCUGUCAUGGAAAGUUACUUCAAUGAGAAUCAAUACCCAGAUGAAGCAAAGAGAGAAGAAAUUGCAAAUGCUUGCAACGCAGUGAUACAGAAGCCAGGCAAAAAACUGUCAGAUCUGGAACGAGUUACCUCCCUGAAAGUAUAUAAUUGGUUUGCUAACAGGCGGAAGGAGAUCAAGAGAAGAGCCAAUAUCGAAGCAGCAAUCCUGGAGAGUCAUGGGAUAGAUGUACAGAGUCCGGGAGGCCACUCCAACAGUGAUGACGUGGACGGGAAUGACUACUCGGAGCAGGAUACUUGGCAAGUACGCAAUGGGGAGGAGGAGGAGGGAAGAAGUUCAGAGGGAGGCAGAGAAGCAGAGAAGGAUGACAGCACUAGCCACAGUGACCACCAAGACCCCAUCUCGUUAGCUGUGGAAAUGGCAGCAGUCAACCACACUAUCUUGGCACUGGCCCGACAAGGAGCCAACGAAAUCAAGACAGAGGCCCUGGAUGACGACUGACGAGGGAGGGCUGAACGCGAGAAGUUAACUUAGUUUAGACGUAGCACCUUAGCAGACUUUCCUCGGUCCUUAACAUGUGUUCUUACAGUAUAACUUGCAGUUUCUUGUAUGUCAGUUAGCCCUUAGGGUCUUGUUCUGUGAAGAUGGCAUGGUGCCCUCAGCCUUUACAUAUACUCUCUCAGUAUUAAUUCCCAGUAACUAAUAACCAACCAACCAACCAAACAUCCCUCUCCCAGCCCCUGAGGCUAGAAAAUCUUGCUGCUCUGUCUUAGCAUUCCAAGAAAGUGCUUCCAGGUAUUUAGCUAGCCCUCAGUUCUCAAAUAGUAGGCUCCGUGUAAAUCCUUGGGUACCUUUAGAUUCCUGUAACACUAGUCUCUAACCCUCUUCCUUCCCCAAGACUGGUAGGAUGCAAGCUGAGGUAGUGUGGCCAGGAUUGACAGACACCAUUUGGGGAGUGUCCACAGAGUAAAAGGAACACUAGAAACCCGCCCCGCCCCCCCGCCCCCCCCCCCCCCCGCCAGUCCCCCCGACGUGGGAAUAAUUGAUUUCCAGCUGCAAUAAGCCGUGCCUCAUAAUAGUCACACCGUGGCUAGAUUAUACUUCUUUGGGUGCUGUGCUAAGAAUGUCAGUGGAAAAACUCGAUCUCAGAUUUCAGUUGAUGUUAACAUGCCCGACACAGACAUCCUUUCCUCUCACAAGCUGUGUGACUGAGUAGAGAAAAUACUGCCUUCUGCCUUUGGGACCAUGAUUAAACAGAAAAAUGACAAAAAAAAAAAGUUUAAAAAAAAAAACCAACAAAACACAGCUUGAGAGCAUUGGGAAAAACCAUGAGCCGAAUGUGUAAUAAUGGUGGAUGUUAUUAGAACUACUGUACAGUGCGUGGCACAGGCACGUGCCCGCCUGGAAAGGUGCCAGAAGUCACCGCGGAAGUGGCUCUGCCUCCUGUCUGUGUCCCGUUUCCUUGCUACCAAAAAACAGGUGAUUUGAGGAUGGAGCUAAGGCCAAAAGUGAGUAAACGAACUUUCAGUCCCUGUAGCCAUUAAACUGAAGCUCCCUCAACAUGAGAGGUUGGUAGAGGACUCUGUAGUGGGAUUAUGCCUACUCACUGUCACAAGCGCAAAUGCUUUCCUAAAUAGGAGCAGAAAAAAGCAGGGGACGUUUGCCACUUCCGCGGCAGGUCUGCAAGAUGUGACUUGCUUUGCUGUUCUCUUUACUCUGUCCUUGUAGAGGUGUGAAAAGCUAUAUUGCUACAGGCAAUUUAUUUAAUAAUUGGAAGCCAUAUUGAUAAUGGAUGUGGUAAUAUUUGUAAAGUUUAAUCUACUUUAAGCAGCAGUAACUAAUGGAAUUUUUUUCCUUGAUCACAUAUGUAGCACUUUUGUUACUUUUUAAAGAUAUUUAUAUUUGAUAAAUCUUUUUUUCAUUUUGAGAACUCAAAAUACCAAACAGUGAACUUGCGUUAGAAAAGUCACCCUGUGAUCACCUUGUCAUCCAGUAGCGAAAUGAUGAACUGCUCAUGCAUCCAAGAAUAUUACAUCUGCCGGCCUCGUAUGAAAAUGGUCUCUGGGCAUCUCGAUUAAAGGACACGGUGUCACGGUGCGUAAGAGGAACCGCCUCCAGUGUAGGGUGCGUCUGAAAGAGGCACAACUGCUCUCUAUUUCCUGCCUCGUUCCACCUCUGUGUGCGACAAAACCUUGUUUAAAGGGGAAUAUGGAGAGGGCUGGCUCUUAAGCAAGGUUUCGUCUGUCCAUCACCUGAAAAUGAUUUGUAAGAUUGAAGGAGGGGGCUAUCUCCUGACCUCUUCACCCUUCCUCACCCACCAAAUGUUUUCAACUUAAAACCAUUGAGAGAGAGAAUGACUGGCCUUCCUGUUUUCCCUUCCUCAUCAGUGAGAUUCUGAAUAUCCGCCAUCUUCUAGCUGGUCUCACUCCACCUAAGGCACCUGCUGAUGCGCUCACCUCCGCGUCUGUCCAUCCCGCUUACGUCAGUGUGAGGAGGCCUUUGGGAGGCAUGGAGGUGCUGCCUCUGUGGGUCCAUGACUUUAUAGAGCUACAGGCAGGACCUGCUCUUGUCCUAGGAUUUCAGGGGGAAAAUGUAUAUAUUUUUUUCCAGCUUCCCAGAAUUGAAGUAAAAUGGAGUAGUCUUUUUCUGUUUCACUGUAUUACUUGAACCAACAAAUUCAAGAGUAGCAUUUGUUGUUCUCAGGAAUGACCCUCCCUCCUCCCCACCCCCCACCAUUCAUCUUCUUUCUUGGUGUGUUUGACUUUUUCUUGCAAUUAGACUAUGUUAGCUUUCUUUCCUUUGAUAUUAUUUAGAAAAAAAUAUAACGUAUCUAUCUUUCCAUCUCGGUGGAAUUUUUGUCUACUUACGUUCAGUUAAAUCCGAAAGAAAAGGAGAGAGGAAAAUAUAUUGUCUGACAAGCUGCAUCCAUGAUUUAUUGUAAGGAGAUUAUUAUAAUUGAUAGCUUCUUUAUGAUGGGAAUGCUAGUAUCAUCUGUUCUUGCUGGUUCCUUUUAAAGAAACAGACUCAAACUAUAAAGGCAGCUGCAGUUUCUAAAGAAACAGAGUGAUUGCCAGAGAAGAGCCAAAAGGUUUCAAUGUUUUAAGACCUUUCAGGAAGGAAAAGCUUCAGAGAAUAAAGGUGAGUAUCUAUGAAGGGAGUACCAGCUGCUACCCAGAAAUCUGGAAAAAGUGAAAAGCAUGUGUUUGCCAGGCAGGGUAGCAGCACCUUGGGUUCAGUAGGAGCAAGAGGAAGGCGCCUUCACGCCUCUCAUUAAAGACAACUGCCAGUCUGCUCUUAACUGCCACUGCCGCGUGUCUAACUUGGGCUUUCUCACCAAGCGUGCACAUUCAGCUCUUUGGGUUUCAGUUUAAAUCUGCUGUGGGUUUUCGGUCAUCAGCUGUAACUCCGCUGUCUUCUCCGAGCUACCUUAGUUCUUACCAUGGCAUGUGGAGUUGCCACUGAUGAGUAAUGUCUUUGGGGAGUAAAUUUUUUUCUUCAGCUUUUGCAGGUUUAAAGGGUGGUAUUAAAAUAGAAACCCUACGUUGCUCUCUGAAGGGAAGAUAGAUUCUUUGAAAACAAUCCCACUGUGUGCUUGUGGUUUUUCUGUCCUCUUUUCUCACUUCCUGCUGUACAUUUUUCAGGCCCCAGAGGACUGUUUCAGGGGCUGCUGCUUCCCAGGUGAGGAACCCUUGCAAGCAGUUCCAGGUAAUUUAUUUUUUUAAGACACUUUGAUUGAAUUACUGUAGUCACAUGCGUAAACUUCCUCCCCUUCUUAAAACAGAGCCUUACAGAAGGACCUUUUAAAGAUGGACCAUCCUAAUGCCAUUUUUGCAUUAAAUGAGAACCUUAACACCAGAUGAAGGCCAGUCGGUACCAAGUAAACAGCUGGAGUAAAGCUUAAGGCAGUUUUCUUCAUAAUGUUUGAGUGUUAGAGGAGUGUGGCUAGCUUCUCCCACCUUUGGGGUCUGUACAGUUCCCACAGUCUGGCAUUUGGCAGGGUUGGGUCCUCCCCACAUCCCCAUUGUCCUUCACAGGAAAACCACUUAAGUCCAGUCGAGGAGAUGGGAGGGUCCACACCCAGGCCUAUAAGGUUGCAGUUUGUGACCAGCAGCUCCUCUAUCCAGAUGUCCAGGUAUAUCUUUACCUCAAAAGGGACAACUCAUGAAGAGCUAGCGACAGAGUUGUUUCAAUUCUCCCUGUUUGGCCUUUGUACAGUUUCAACUAGCAGGUAUAAGAAAAUGGUCUUUCAUUUCACCAGAAAUCUACAGGCACAUCCUCUCUGUCUAUGGUUAACUCCUCUUCUCUUUGGGCUCCAAACCAAGUCCUCCUCUUGAGCUGACUUCCUGCUGGAAUUUUCUCGUCUUCUGCAGCAGGCAGAGUAGGGGGUGUGGUGCAUCUUGUCACACAAACACUCCUUCCUGUCCUGCAGCUCUGCGUUUUGACUAGCUACUUAUUCCAGUGACCAGACAUUCUCUCUGCCCACCCAGGGGGAAUAAUCCCUUUUUUCAUAAAUGAGCCCCGACUCCCAUCCUAAAAAUGUGAAUAUCAAGUCCUUCUCUCUCUUUGGUCUUAAGAACAGUUUGGGUAGAAGCAGUCUUCCCAUGCAACUGUGGCUCUGCCUUUUAAAAUUGCUUUUUCUUUUUGUUGUUGUCAGAGAACCACCAGAGAUUUUUUUCCCCAGUGAGUCUCAACAGAUUCUUAGGCAAUAAUUUCUCUUAUUGAUGACUUUGUGCACCGUCGCGCGCGCUCUGCAUUGAAUAGCCUGACCCUCUACUUGUGCGUUGGUUUUCUGUGCUAACCUGUCUGUGAUUUAAAUCUUACAUCAGAGUGUUGAUAGAGUUUGUCA